GUUUUUUAUUUAGGGUUCUUAAUCGAUAUGGGAGUUCAAUUGUGGUAAUGUGUGCUAAUAAUCUGUCGUUAAUGUGUGCUAAUAAUUGCGAUUGAGGGUUCACGGUUUGUUUAAAACUCGAUUGUUGCAGAUGGAAACUCCCCGAGAACCUCAUUUCUUCAAGCCUCUUCUUCCUGGUUUUCAAAGUGGCGUCGCAAUACCACUUGACUUCUACUCAAAACACAUACAAGGGGCUGAGAUCAAUAAACCAUGGAAGCUAAGAUCGGACGCUUCAGAUCAAAUUUGGGAGGUGAUCCGAGAAGGCAGGACACUCACCAAAGGUUGGAAAGAGUUCACCGAAGCACAUGAUCUUCGAAUCGGUGACAUUGUCAUCUUCAAACACGAAGGAGACAUGGUCUUUCAUGUGACUCCUUUUGGUCCUAGCUGUUGUGAGAUUCAGUAUACACAUCCUCACAUCGUUAAGGAAGAAGCCGACGCGGAUGAUGCUCCUACUUUCUCAUACGACUACUGCUUCUUGGCUGAGGUUACUCCUACAAAUCAAAAGGACGACAAAAUGUUUCUUCCUGUGGAAGCUAUGAGGUGUGGUGCUUUGAACCAACAAUGCAAAGAGGUCAAACUUGUCAACAAGGAGGGAAAGUCAUGGACUGCGCGCUUCGGAUUUAGCGAAUCAGACGGCGCAUAUUACAUCAGCAGAGGGUGGAGAAAGUUCUGUCGUGAUAACAGAUGCACCAACGGAGAUUUGUUUGUGUUCAACGUGGUUGGAGACGGGACGACAACUCCAUUACUGUGUGUAUGUCCGGAAAGGAAGGAGUGUACUGAACUACUGAUCAAGCACUUCAGCAGAAUCGAUGGUAAGUCUUCUCAUUUGACUUGUUUGUGUUGUCUAUAUCUUCAAUGUUACUACUUUGCUUCUGCUUUAACUUGUGUUCUCUUCUUCUACAGGUAGCAUUGCUUCUACCUCACGAAAUUAGAUGGCUCUUUUGCGGUCUUUCCUCUCUAUCAUCUUAACUUGUUUCUUUUUGUUUCAUUAGCAACUUAUCAACUUAUGUAUUUCGGUUUGUAAAACUUGAAUGGUUUUUCUAUGUGAACUUUUAUCCUAAGUUAAACAUUCUCGAACUUAAUUCCUUUGUUGAAUGCGUAGACUGAUCAUCGAACAAAAUGUUUCUAUGAAUUGAAUUUAAGUUAAGAAACAACAUAAAAUUUUAAAACAUAGCUUUUCUACAUUUGAAAACACAAACCAAAACUUAAACUCCAAAACUAAAACAUAGGUUGAAUAAAAUGUUUUCAUAAAUUUUAUAAUAUAUUUUAAUAUUUUAUUCAUGUAUUCUUAAUAAUUUUAAUUUUUU